CUGCAGACUGUCCCCACCCUCUUCCCUUCUGCGACUGAUCAAAUUCUGCAAAGAAUUCUCCGCUUUGGAUAGACUGUCGCUUCCCACCCAUGCUGUUCUCACUGAGCUGUACGAUCUGGAUAUCUCUGCUUUUCUGCUGCAAGGACGUAUGCCAAGAGAAGACCUGAGCGAAGUAAUCGGUCUCCUCUGUGCUUUAGUCACAAAGACCGGUGUCCCUUGGUGCUGCCUUAGAGGAUCCCUGUGGGUGACCACCACCACAAAGCCAGCAUCCCUUUCCUGCUGCCUCUGCCUCCCGAGUGCACGCGGUGAAACCGCGGGCCCUCCAGCGUGUCUGGAUCAUGCCCCACAGCUAAGCGGGAUGACAAUAAAAUAAAGAAACAAGAUGCCCCAGCACUUUGUGAUCUUCACUGUUGUAAAGAUGGGAAGAUAAGAAAUGGCCUUAUUGGGCAGAAGCCAACCUCUAUCAACCCUGAGAGACUCAAAGAUUUUGUUGAGGAGGAUUACCUGAACGGGGACGUGAAGACCUGGGAAAUGAAGAUAGUGAGCCGUAAUGAGGAGUUACUUAGGGAUGCCCUUUCCCGCAUCCCUCAGUCAAGCAGUAGGAGCAGCCUGUCAAGCUGUAACAAGCUGAUUCGAUUUGAAGAUAUUAGUGCAGCAGCUUUCAAAAUCCAGUGCGGUGUUCAGAAAACCCCUUGCAUGUAUUCUAGGCUAUCCAAGCAGUAUGGAAUGGACAUCUAUCUGAAGAAAGAAUUCCUUCAGUACACAGGAUCUGUGAAGGAACGUGGUGUACUUUACCUUCUGACAUCAUUGCCUCAGGAUCAGCAAAGAAAGGGAGUGAUUGUGGCCUCGGACAGUAACUUUUCCAUGGCUGUUGCUUACCACGCCUCAGAGCUCCGUAUUCCAGUGUUCGUCAUCAUGUCAACCAGCACGUCCCCGGCCAGAGUGAAAAUGUGCCGUGAGUACGGUGCCAUGGUUAUAUCCUAUGGCACUACCGCUAAGGAUUCCCAGAUGCACGCAAGAAGGUUGGCGCAGGAGAAUGGGUACCUCUACCUCGAAGAGGAGGAUAGUGCUGUCUACCUGUCGGGCCUGGGAACCGUGGGGCUGGAGGUGUACGAGCAGGUGCCAAAGCUGGAUGCAGUGAUUUUCCCUGCAGGAGGCCACUGUGGCUUGCUGGCAGGGUCAGCUGCUGCACUCAAACACCUCAACCCACAUAUUUCUGUAAUUGGCGUCGAAUCUGAAAGUUUCCCUGUAUUGCAACAGUCCUUGAAGGCUGGCCACCCUAUUGAAGACCAGGCUUGCAGUAAUCAUCACUUUUAUGGAGAUGUGAGCGGACUCUGCUUUGGCAGCAAUUCUUUGCAGCUGACUGGGAAACUUGUGGAUAAAGUUGUUGCUGUGAGGGAGGAGGACAUCCUCAUUUCAAUGCUGAGAUUGCUGGAGUACGAGCGAGCCACGGUUGAUGCGGAAGGGGCCAUUGGACUUGCAGCGCUGGUUGCGGGGAAGCUGCCUGAGUUGAAGGGUAAAAGAGUGGCAGUUGUUAUAUGCAGCGGAAACUUGGAAUUACAUCUGCUGCAACAGUGCAUAGCUCGUGCCCUGACCCUCGAUAACAGAGUGUGCAGAUUUUCCCUUGUGCUUUCUGACUGCCCAGGAGACAUUUCAAAGCUACUGGAGAUUUUGGCUCGGGAAGAUGCAAGGGUUUUGGAUAUCAAACAAGAACGCACGUUUGCGACGUCUGAGCUCUUCACUACCGAGGUCACCUGCACGGUGGAGACCAGAGACAAGAUCCACACAGCCCAGCUGCGGAACGCGCUUUUGGAACGCUACCCCACAGCUGCCUGGACCGAGCGGUGAUGGGCACGGUGGCCCUGGUCCUCCAACAAGUAUCUUACAGAGCCCUAAUCUUGAAGCAUUCAGAACAAAUAUUAUCUUUCAAAGCUGAACAGUUAGCAAAUAGUUUCAGGAUAUUUAUUUCCUGCUCAAAAAGUAGUGAAUGGCCUUGGGAAUUUAGUUAAACUCAAAAUUUCAGCUUAGCUAAGGGAAACUUUUAGUCUCUGCUGGUGUUGGAAUUCAUUAAUUCAUUAUCGGCUGGUGGUCUGGAUGUUGGCUAGUGCGUAGGAUCCAAUGGUGUUCAAUAAAUGAGCAGGAAGAAGGUGUUUUUCUUUACAUCUGACUAUAGACCUCUCAAAGGUCUUUUGAUUGUGAUCCUGCUAGUUAAAGAUAUGCAGCUUCUUGUGCUGGACUUUGCCAUACUACUAGUAUAGGAAUUUUCCAUUUCCAAGCCAGAAGCAGUUCUCCAUUUGCUAAUGCUUCAGGAGGUAUGUACUUGUGUGUGGGUGUAGGUUUGAACACACUUUUGUUCUGAUCUUUGCUAUCAUGUGAGGAAAAACUAUGCUAAUAAAAUGUGAUUAACAUACAAAACCAAAACAACUUGGAAGAUAAAAGCCAAUAUUGUAUUCUUUUUUUUUUUUUCCUCAAAGGGAAAAUGAUCCUAUUUAUAAAGUAAAGUUCCAGAAUGUUGCAGCAAUAAAAAAAAUAAGGUAUUCUGAGUAUAAUUAGACCUCACAUGCAGAAUACAAUUGUAAUCCUUCUCUCUGCUUUUGGAGACUCAGUACAAAAAGGAGCAUAUAAACUGGCUUGUGUUGCUUUUUAUAAAGGGGUCUCUUCACCCAUGCGAAUUUUGUGAUUAGCAUUCUACUGAUCAUCUUAGUCUGCCUAAAACAGACUCUAUCCACCUCGCCUGACAGAUUAAGUACACUGUUAAGAGUGAAAUACUUUUAAAGACCACAUGUUAAUAGCCAAAGGCAGUGCCGGGAGAAGAGGAAGCCUAAGUCUUAGGCACAUGGCUAAUGCAAUUAACAAAGAACACGUUGACCCAGAUACCAUUUUCAUCACUAUGGGCAGAGAUCCACUAAUCAGGUAACAGAGGGGGAUGGCAAGGAAUGUAAGAGAAAUUCAGGCCCACUGCCGAGUGCGCAUACAACAGUCACUUUUUCGCUUGGGCAAAAUUCAGUUUAAGGCCAGCUGCGACAGAGCUCCUAUAGACCAUUCCACAUGGUUAAAUUUAACCAGGAUUGACCCAAAUUUUUCUUGUAGGUAUUUUAAUGAGAGGUCUUAAUCCUGCCUCUAGCAUAUCGAGUUGAUAAUUAAGUUAUAUUAAAAUAAAUAUGAUGUAGUUAGCAGUGCCCUAGAAAAGCUCAGCUGAACAUCCAGCAAGGUCAGAGUGAGCAUCUCCACGGGCUGCGUGGGAUCAAAUCGUUCCAGUUCCCACAGGCAGAGCUGGGUGAGCUGUCGCUAGGUGUCCAGGAAAACCAGCUUUUACUAUAGCUUUUUCAGGAGAUGCUGCAAUCUCAUAGUGAUGCUCCUUUAUUGUCAUGCUAUGAUUUAUAAAUUGAGCUUCCAUCUUCAGUCCUCCUCUGCAGUUUGGAACGGUCUGCGGGGAUGUUUCCUUCCCUGGUGCUGCAGUAGGACACUUUUGGCUCUAAAGCACCACCAGCAAGUCACAUGUGCGAGAGGAGAUACCCUGGGGCGGGCGAAAGCUGUCCGUAGGCUAGGAAGGGCAUCAUCCAGAGAGUUGGAGCAACCAAAACAGAGGGUUCCUAGGGACUAGAAAGAAUGAACCGCAUAUCCAAUCUUAUGCAGAUCUCACUUUUAUUUUACUUACUACUUAGGGAUAUCCAGCUAUAUCUAUAAAUUAACCUGCACCUGCACCGUGGGACGAAGGCAGCAGCAUUCUGGCUAUCUCUGCAGUACUUUUUUUCUGGGAAACAGUCUGUUCCUUCUUACUGUGUCUCAUGAAGGAGCAGGAGUAGAGAAGAGACUCUCACAUAUGGUGGGCAAAUCAUAAAAGACCACUGACUUGCUGUGGUUUUGGAAGGACCAUGUUGGUUUGCACGUGGAACUGAAAAUUAUUGAUGCCCCAAUGGUUAGUGUCUUUCCCUUCUUGCCAUCCAGAAUGAUGGGUAUAGGGCUUGGUCUCCAGAAUGUGUCCUGUAAAUCACAGCCUGGCAGGCACAGCUCCUUCCUUCGUGGUCAGAAGGGUUUAAGAAAUCUGUAUAGAAAUAGGCGGUGAUAGACCACGUACUGCGCAUGUGCUGCUUCCACUGAAGCAAGCAAUGAACCACAUCAUCAAAGAGCAGAUCUGGGGAUGUAAGAACACUAUGAAUAAGGGUCUAAUUAUUCUCUCGUCUCUUUUGGUAAAACUCUCAGGAAAUUAUGAGGAUGUCUCAGGUAUCUAAUGAGAAGAAAAUGGGACUUUAUAACCAAAGUUCUCAGUAGUGGCCAACAGCUUCUGCUGUCUGAGUCCCUGCUUUAUCAUCCUGCAUGAUCCCAGACUUAAUUUUUUAGAAGCUCAGAGCAUUUACAACUUCUUUUCUGAUCAGUGGGAACUGCAUUUAGCAGAUCUUCACAGAACAGGGGCAAGAGAGGUAGCGGGCGGAGCAAUCAAGAAUCAAUGCACUCAGAAUCACUGUCUGAUUUUGAAAAUGUGUUUUGGGGAGGGAAAAAAGAAAAAGGAAAAUAAAAAGGAAAGUGAUGUCUAGAAGAUACUUAAAAUGUCAAACAGGAUAUACGCUGUUUGGUUUUAUUUUUAUUGUACUAAGUAUAAACAUAAAUUGUAAAUCACUCUUCAGUGGUAAACUCUUUACAUGAGAAUAUAAUGAUACCAGAAUUGAUUUCCAGUCUAUAUUGCUGUUACGCGAGUCUGUUGGCUUUAAAGUUAAAGUUAAAUACUUGCAAGGGGGAAAAAAAUUAUCAAAAUUAAACAUUUAAAUGAAUUUAUGUAAUUGGAAAGAAUACCAAAAUAUCUGUGCUGCUAACGUUUCUGCAUUAUGAAAUGCAAUAGGACUAUGGCAUUUCAAAGGCACAACAAUUUUUAAAUGCUUCACUUAAUGAAGUAUUUUUAUAUAAGGCAUUCUUAUGUACCUUAAAAAAAAAAUCACUUUAAUGAUUAUGUAAAAAUGUCACAAAUUGUUACAUCAGCAAAAUGUAAAUCUAAGCAUUGUAUUUAUUCAAAAUAUAAUUAAAAUUAUGCUAUGCCACCUCAG